CCAACGUCACCUCUCUCCAAGGCUUUAGGAAAUCUGCAACUCAACUUCUAAUAAUUAGUAGAUAACCAGCGUCGAGAUAGCGUUCAGCAUCUGCACUUCGGACUAUGCCACAGACAUCUGCUCAGGCCGUGGAUGAGCUAUCAAAAGGCUUCUCGAACCUCUCGGCGAACACAAAGAAUCAGAGGCCGCCUGCGCCGUUCUCGUCCACCUUCCAGUCGUCGUUCCAGUCGUCGUUCCAGUCCCCAGGUUUUACCUCGACCUUCUCCAACAACUUCUCGAUCAACCUCGGGCCACCCAAGUUCUCAUCCAUCAACCUGCCAGCCACAGGCGUCAGCGUGCCGCAUGUCAGCUCCAAACUACGGCCCACUGCGGUGAACAUGGACGCCGCCGGCGCCAGCCAGCCGGCAGAGCCUGCGCAAAGCCAGGCCGACGACGACAACAACGAACACCUGCGCGAACGGCGCACAAAGUUCCGCUUCAAGUCCAAGCGAGACCACAGGUCCGCCUCACCAGACCGCGAAGCCCGCAGCCACCGCCGCCGCCGCUCAUCACAUCGCGACGCCCGGGCCGAAGACGAUGGCCAACCAAGCAGCCGGGCGGGGAGCCGCCAUCGCUCGGAGCGGAGCCACCGAAGGUCGCGGCAUAAACGGUCACGAGCUGAGGAUAAUAACGGGACGGCGGGUGGGCUUCCAGACGAUGCGCCCGCUCUCGACCCGGAGGCCGCCUUCCGCGAGUCCCUGUUCGACGCGAUGGCAGACGACGAGGGCGCCGCCUACUGGGAGGGGAUAUACGGGCAGCCGAUCCACAUCUACUCCCAGGAGGUCCCCAACCGGGAGACGGGGGAGCUGGAGCGCAUGACGGACGAGGAGUACGCGGCGCACGUGCGGCAGAAGAUGUGGGAGAAGACGCAUGCGGGGCUCAUGGAGGAGAAGGCGAGACGAGCCAAGAGGCGGGAAGAGCGGGCGCAGAGGGACAAUGAGGCCGAGGCGAGGUUAGAGGAGGAGAGAAGGAUACAGCGGGAGGUGGAGAGGAGUCUUAAGCGUGGCGAGGAGAGGAGGAAAAGGAGGGAGUGGGCGGACCGCUUCCGUGAGUAUGGUGCCGGGUGGGAGGGCUGGGAUGGGGGCGCGGACAGGAUCCCUUGGCCAACUAAAAGCGGUACGCGCAAGGACGUGGAAGAGGAGGAGGUCCGGGCCUUCUUCGUGAGGGGACUGGACCUGGAAACUCUAGGCGAAAGGGAGUUUGCCGCAAAGCUGAAGGAACAACGUGUACGCUGGCAUCCCGACAAGGUCCAGCAGAAACUUGGAGGGAGGGAGAAGGCAGAUGAGCGUGUCAUGAAGGACGUGACGGUUGUCUUCCAGGUCAUUGAUACACUGUAUGACGAUGUACGGUCCAGGUCCAAGUAG